CUGUUUUGACCACUCUUGUGAAUAAAAGCUGCAUUUGGAUCCUCAACUCCGUUGUCACGCCUCCCGCGUUACAGAAUAAUCAGCCAACACCCGAACCCAGCAGCUUUAUUAGUGUAUCCAGGCCAGCCAUGAAUCCAGCAGCAAAAAUAAUUGGUCUCCGUCAAGGUCAUCCUUUGAGGGUGGUGAAUGGUCAGGAUUUGCCUUGGGACAGCAAGCCUCCAGCUACACCAAGCUUGGAGGAUCCCAGAUCUUCGUCUCCGGCCUUCGAGACCUGGUCUCCACUUUGGUCUGUCGACCCUUUGGUGUCGCCUUGGCUCAAAGCUCCCUCAUCUCCAUUGUGGCCCAUCAGUCCACCAACUACGCCAGGCUUCUUUGCUCCACCUUGGUCAUUCGUCGACCUGCCCUCGCCUCAGAACUACACUCCUCCGGCUUCGCCCCAUCCCUCCAGCUCUGUUGGGCUCCUCUCUCCCUCCUGCUCUGCCUUGGUCCUUGGUCGCUCCGUCUCCACCGCGGCCUUCUGGAACCACAUCUUCGCCUCGGUCGCCAGAGCCGUCGGCUCCACCAUGGCCCUCUGAUCCCUCAGUGUCACCCUGGCUCUUCGGCUCUCCGUCUUCGCCUUGGGCCCCCCGUCCACCGGCUCCGUUUCUGUCAGUCGGACCCCUGAGCCCUCCUGUUUCACUCCCCUCAUGGUUCCUCCCAUCAACUCCACCGUGGACUGUGAGUUGUUAUCGUAAUUCUGUUUGGAGCAUCUGGAAUCUGCUCUUAGUGGGGGGGGCUCUGUCACGAUAAGAGGUUUUGUCUUGAUUCUCUCCAGACUCCAUUCCCCAUAAACCCCUGCCAAGGAACUCAUUAUUGCACCACACCUGUUUCCUACCAGUGACACUAUAAAGGUUG